AUGACAGUAGUUAAUUUAGCAACACAUACGAUACACGCACUUAUAGUGUUGAUUCUUAGCGGAGUCUUUAUCUUCAACCUGUAUAACGGAGUUAUUGGGUUAAAUAGCACCGAAAAUUCUUUUUCAAUACUAAAAAAUAGUUCCUUAGUUCCACCAGCAGUUACAUUAUGUAUUGAUAGCCCAAAUUACACUUUCAAUAUAACGAUCUAUGGAGUUAAACGUAAUAACCAAGAUUUUCUCACGACUUAUACAAGUGAUUCUGAAGAAUUAGCAAAUCUAAAAGAUCUUGUAACAAAAUGUUGGAUACUUUCAGCCGGUCGAGAACCGUUGUUACAAGAUCCACCACCUACAAAUGACGUAUAUGAUAUGGUUCUCACUUACACCAGACCACUUGCCAAUCAAAAUGAUCUUAAUUCUCCAAUGUAUCUUAAUGUUUUCGAUCCUCUUGAACUAAGUUCACUGUUUCAGUUCAAUCGAUUCUUGUAUUUAGCGGCAGAUGCAAAUAGAGUAAUUACCUUUUCGAGAACUCAAUAUAUUACGGGAAACAAAACCAAGAAUGAUGUUAUAUACAAGAUAGUGGAUGAAUAUAGAGAUCCAAGUUGGACUAAUCAAUCGGUUGCAGUCAGUAGAAUUGUAAUUCGACCAGAGUCUUUUGUCAUUUCACAAACCACAGAGGUUCCAAUAGCAACUAGGAGGUGGGCCAUAUUCCGAGAAAGUCUUACACUUCUCGGUGUAUUGUACUCAGGAUUCUAUCUUACUGUGAUGGGCCAAGGGAAAUUUAAACCUUGGGGUAUAUUACAUAGAAUGUUAAAUUAUUAUCCUAUUGAACAUAUUCGUUAUCGUGGUUCAAAUGAUGAGAAUGACAGAUCCUUGAUUUCAAAAGAAGCUGGCGUAUCGUCUGAGCCUAAAGUAGAAGAAAAAUUGAGUGUAUAUUUAGCAAGAUUUAACCGUGCAAAGUAUCAUCAGUGA